UACAACUUCCUCUUUUUCAGUAAUACGCUAUGAGAACCACAGACAGCAUUUUCAGAAAGUUUCUAUUUCAUUCUCUUAGAUGUGCUUGCUGGACAGGGUCUCCAGGGACUGACUAAAGAAAAUGUAUAAAAUGGUACUCAUGCGCUGCUGGACUAAUGUGCACAUCCUUCUACUGUGCUCUCUGCUCAGGCAUGCUGCAUGCAGAUGGGUCUCCCGGACACUACCAUGUGACGUCACUGUGGACAAUGACACCAAUGCCAUUGUGUUCAAUUGUGAGCGCCGUGGACUGAAAGAGGUGCCUGCCGGAAUCACGGGGAACGCCACUGUGCUUACACUCUCAGAAAACAAAAUUAAAAACAUUUCUGUCAACGCUUUCCAUAGUCUGUGGAACCUGACAGACCUAGACCUCAACUGGGCCAACAAAAACCAUGAGGUGCAAAUCUCCAGAGGGACCUUCUACAAUCUGACAAACCUUAAGGAAUUGAAGCUGUGUGGUAAUGCUCUUCUGGAGGUUCCGGAAAAACUCCCAAGUGGACUGAAAAUACUAAUGCUGGAAAACAACAAAAUUACAUCCCUCAGCCCAAAAAGCUUCUCUGAGGUGCGAAACAUCACUGAACUCUACCUGUCCAACAACUGCUAUUACCAGAACCCUUGCAAUAAAUUCUUUGAUGCUGGAAAUAGGAGCUUCUCACACUUGACUCAUUUGCGCAUUUUGACAUUGUCCUACAAUAACUUAACUCAUGUUCCAAAAGGACUCCCACAGUCUUUGGAAACACUGGAGUUAGGCUCCAACAAAAUACAGCAGUUCAGGGAGGAGGAUUUCAGAGAGCUGACCAACCUGAAAGUUCUCAAGCUGCAGGGAAACUGUCCCCGAUGCCACAAUGCUCCAUACCCGUGCAUCCCCUGCCCAAAUGUAUCCCUUCAGAUACACCCUCUGGCCUUCUGCAGUCUCACCAAUUUAGAGAUGCUGCACCUUGCAGGGAAUAGCCUCAACACCAUAAAGAGCUCUUGGUUUGAAACUCUGUCAAAUCUAAAAGUCCUUUUCUUGUCUUAUAACUUUUUAGUCAGUGCUAUUGCUGAGGGCAGCUUUUUGAGGUAUUUACCAAAUCUGCAGAAAAUUGACUUGUCCUUUAACUACGAAUUGAAGUCCUACCCUCUGACACUUAACCUGUCCACACACUUUUCAAAACUUAAGUCCCUUGAGACAUUGCAUAUAGAGGGUUACGUUUUUAGACAAAUUUGCAGCAAUACUUUAAUGCCUCUCUCAGGUCUGAAAAAUCUCUCUGUGUUGAACCUGGGGACAAAUUUCAUUGUAAGUGCAGAUCACUCAGAGUUUGCAAAGUUUUCCAAUGUGAAACUCAUAUAUCUGUCAGAAAACAGGCUUUAUCCCAAGUCCGUAAAUGCAUAUGGUAUCACAGGAAACCAAUUUCUCAAUAAUAUUUCCUACACAUCCCCUCUGACAGGAUAUGACUUAAAUAAGAAAGACAUUUUGUAUGAAAUGACACAUGUUCUUGUGCAGCACGAGUGCUUUAUCACCGGUCGAGUUCUGGAUCUCAGUUCUAAUAACCUCUUCUUCAUUUCCCCAGAGCAAUUUGAGGGCUUUGGGAAUAUCUCCUGUCUGAACCUUUCCAAAAAUGGCUUUGCAGCCGCUUUGAAUGGAACUGAAUUUGCUUCAUUGCCAGACUUGAAGUACUUAGACCUGUCCUAUAACAAGAUAGACUUAGCCUAUGAUAACGCCUUCAAAGAAUUACAAAGACUGGAAGUAUUGGACCUAAGCUACAACCCCCAUUAUUUCAGAGUGGCUGGAGUGACGCACAAUUUAAAUUUUUUGAAAAACCUCCCUGCUUUAAAAGUGCUGAACCUGAGCUGCAACGAGAUUUUCACUUUAACCAGUAAGGAGAUGAACAGCAGCUCCCUCAGAGAGCUGCAGUUCCAAUACAACCAGCUGGGCAGGCUAUGGAAGGAGAGGGACAGCUCCUACAACGAGCUUUUCAAGAACCUGGUGAAUUUGAUAUACCUAGAUAUUUCUCACAACAACAUCGGAAAGAUCCCAUGUAAAGUCUACGACAAUUUACCGCAGAACAUACGUAAGCUACGUUUGAGCCACAAUUCAAUAACGAGUUUUCAGUGGGAGAAGCUUAAAAGGUUCCAGGACCUUCAGGUUUUGGAUCUAAGACACAAUUUCAUAUCAGUGUUGUCUGUAAACCUGUCAGACUUCACCAAAACGCUGGAGUGGCUCGAUCUCAGUCACAACCGAAUCACACAGCUGUGCAAAGGAUUUCUCCGGGGAACUGAGAGCCUGCAGGUUCUCGAUCUAAGUCACAACAAGCUGAACCUAAUCAACCAGUCCACAUUUGAGUCUGGGAGAGAAAAUUCUCUCCAGAUGCUGUCCCUGGAGGGGAACCCAUUCCACUGUACAUGUGACAUAUUAGAGUUCAUCCUGUGGAUCAACCACAAUGAUGUGAGGAUCCCUCAGCUGGCCACAGGAGUAACAUGUGACAUUCCCACUGAGAGGAAAGGCAAAGGGGUGAUACUCUUUGACAUUGGAGAAUGUAUAAAUGAUAAUGUGGCAUUCCUUGUCUACUUCUUGUCCAUGCUUUCUAUCAUUUGCACCAUGGCCACAGCCAUCACAAUGCACCUAUUCUACUGGGACGCCUCCUACAUUAUGCACUACUGGUGGGCCAGGAUGAAGGGGUAUCAUUAUCUGAACUCUGCAGACAGCAUCUACGAUGCGUUUAUUACAUAUGACACCAAAGACCCACUGGUGUCGGACUGGGUUCUGAACCAUCUGCGUGUGGAGCUGGAGGAAGGUGGGGACAAGCUGUCGCCCAUCUGUCUGGAGGAGCGUGACUGGGCGCCGGGGAUUCCCAUGAUUGACAACCUCUCACAGAGCAUCAGGCAGAGCCGCAAGACCGUCUUUGUGCUGACUGAGAGGUAUGUCCAGAGCGGGACCUUCAAGAUGGCUGUGUACCUGGCUCACCAGCGGCUGCUGGAUGACAAUGCUGACGUGAUCGUGCUGCUGCUGCUGGAGCCUGUGCUGCGCCACUCCCACUUCCUGCGUCUGCGCAGGUGGAUGUGCGGGCGCAGCAUCCUAGAGUGGCCCAAGAACCCCUCUGCCGAGCAGUGGUUCUGGCAGUGCCUGCGGAAUGCCAUCAGGGUGGACAACCAGACCAUGUACAGCAAACUCUACUCCAGAUACUUCACCGCAAAGUGAAAG